CCCACCCGGCCCUGGACGGUGGGACAGCCCAUGGCGGCAGCCGCCUUCCUGGCACGGUGUCUGGAGGAGGGCGUCGUCAGCCAGGAGGCAUUGGAUCUAACCUGUAGAAAAACCCCAUGCUUUGUGAAAUUCUCAGAGGUGGAAAAAAUGGCAAACAUGCAAGCUGAAAUCAAUGAGAAGAAGCUGAAAGCUGAAAUUCUGCAGUUGGAGAAGGAUACAGCAGACAUUGCUCACCCUCUUUACUUAGGCAAAAAAUGCGAGAUGUUGCAAGAUAUGAACAAGCACUUGGAAGCUGUACUGAAAAACAAGAAGGCUCUUAGAAAGAUCUUGAUAAAGCCCAGGUGCCAAAACAGCCUGCCCAUUGAAGCUACCUUCCACAAGGAUGUAGUGGGAUUGUUGACCGAGGCUGUGACUUUCAUUGAGAAGCUUGAAAGCCAUUUGCAGGCCCUAAGAACCAUCCCUCAGGUGCCAGACAUCAUGAAGAAUAUGGACACUGCUUUGACAAAAACAGAAGUGCUUGUGAUGGACCUGGAGGACCUGACAGACCAAAUACUGAAAUGGAGAGAGACAUGCAAACAAGUGUAUUCUGACAGCCUCCACAACACUGCUGAACUGGAUUUUGGACUUUCUAGAUUGUACUGAAGACAAAUACAUGUGUGUUUGCCACAUCCCAGAGAGCUGAGCAUGCUUCCUUGUUUUGCUGUAUCCUUUAUUGGAGGAUUGCCUGUGGAGAUAGUAGAGUUUAGCUAAUACCAUUUGCCAUUGGUAUACCAAUUCAUUCUUUUGGAUGGUUAAA